AAUUAGUGUUUAAAAGUUUUUGAAAAAGUUUUUUUUUGAAGAUUAAGAUUAGAUUACAAUUAUUUGUCUAAAACUAAAAUUCAAUUAAAUUAUAACAUUUGCCGCAAACAAUGUCUGAGCGGACAGUCUUUGUAUUGGAUGUGUCGGGAAGUAUGGCCGGAGCCAAGUGUGGGACUCUGCACUUGGAGACCGUGCGCUUCAUUAACCGCAUCAAUGAUGGUAAUUAUGUGGGUAUUGUCUUAUUUACCGAGCGAGCGUGGUCGGUGCACGAAGUGACCAUGGUCACUGGUCAAGCCGUGAAGAAAAGUCUUGUACAGGCCGUACCGGUCAGUGCCGGCGGAGGCACUGAUAUCGGGGCGGGUAUUAUGGAGGCGUUGGCGGCAUUCAGUCGCGCCCGAGUGGACACCAAAGGCGCGAAGAUAUUUCUGGCCACCGAUGGCGAAGAUGGUAGAGAUCAUGACUAUGUGGACUAUGUUUUACCGCAUUUGAAAAACGCACAGGUCAAAGUGUAUUGUCUGGCAAUCGGUGUGAGCGCUGACCACCGAUUGGAGAGACUGGCGAUGGGAAUUGGAGGUCAAGUCUUCAACUUGAGUCGAGUGGACGCCGAGAGCCGCGAAAUGAUGGCCCGCGUAAUGGAGGCCGCGAUGAAAGAAGUCAUUACGAGUAAAGAGAUGGCAGAAGUGGUCACUCAUACUGUUGUCAAUGAAAUUGUGGUCAUAAAUGGCAACACAUAUGAGACUCGAGUGCCCAUUGAGGCCGACAUCGGACGCAACACUCAAAUCCAUGUCCGCUAUGAAGCCAUCAAUGAUCUCGAGGUGGAGAUCACCGGCCCGUCGGGUGUUGUCUAUAGCACUACCGGCGGAGAGAUUAUGAAACGAUUGGAUCUGAAAGAGUGCGUCCUAUUCAUGGACUCGACUCAAUCGGGUCUUUGUGCUAUUAAAGUGAUGGCACAGACAUUGGGCACAGUUAGGGCUCAUUUGAUAGUCGAGAGCAAUCCUACUGGCGCUCACGCCAUUGGAUUGCAAGUAUUUUUGCGCGCAUCGGAGGUAAAUUGUCCGCCGAUUGUCUCAUGUAAGCUGUGUAAAGGCAAUGACCCGAUUGUGGGCGCUAUAGUGACGGCAACAGUGGACAGACCGGGCGGUACGCAGACUGACCUCUCGUUAGGUUUGUAUCACAAAGAGGGCUAUUAUUACGCAUACUUUACCGACUAUAGCGGCGCCGGCAGAUAUAAUGUUAGCGCAUUGGCUGUUAAUGAUGGAAACAAUACGACUUACAAAGGCGCACCCAUCGGGCAAUUCCGUCGCCAACGGGUGGCCAAUAGUUUUCAAGUGAUGGCCGACUCUAUGACCACUCAAUUGCCCGAUUGUGACCACUUUUCCCAACUGUUGUUUAGCAAGCAAUUUGGGUCAAUGCGUAUAAACAAUACCACCCAAUCGGGAGCACCGGUGGGUCCGGCGCCCAAACGGUCGGGUUCUUCGCUGGACAGCAAAGUAGUGCUAUUAAGCCCUGAAAUGCGAUCACUUAAAAGUCGAUUGGCUUCUAGUUAUUAUCGCACAAAAUUGGCUGUCAAUGGACUACAGGUGUCCGCGAGUGACAAGUCUGGCCUCAAUAAUCGGUUGUCAACUAUUGAACGCUUCCUAACCUCAGUUCGCGAGACUUCUAUCGAAGAGAUCGAUGGAUAUCAACACACUUUGGAUGACGCGAACAAUGAGGUUAUGGCCCGAAGACUAACGAAUUGAUUUGUCUAUCAAAUGAUUAUAUGUUUGUUUGUAAUUAAUAAUUAAUUAAUCAUAUCUUUAAUU